GAGCGGAUCGGCCGAGGUUCAUUUGGAGAGGUUUACAAAGGAAUCUCGCUACAAACUAGAGAGUCCGUCGCGAUCAAAAUCAUCGACUUGGAUGAGGCUGAGGAUGAUAUUGAAGAUAUCCAACAGGAAAUCAGUAUCAUGUCGCAGCUUGAUUCCUACUAUACUACAAAAUACUAUGGAUCGUAUAUGAAAGGAUCAAAAUUGUGGAUCAUAAUGGAGUACUGCCAAGGCGGCUCAUGUCUUGACUUGCUCAAGCCUGGCCCAUUUGAAGAAGUCUACAUUUCAAUCGUACUCCGAGAGUUGCUUAUGGGGUUAGAUCAUUUGCAUUCCGAGGGAAAGUUGCAUAGAGAUAUCAAGGCUGCCAACAUUUUGAUAUGUGCUGAUGGUCGAGUUAAAUUGGCCGAUUUUGGCGUAUCUGGCCAGCUUACUGCAACAAUGACUAAAAAAAACACAUUUGUAGGAACACCGUUUUGGAUGGCACCAGGUAAAAACAUGUUUUUAAAAACUCUUGGAUAUGAUGCCAAGGCAGAUAUAUGGAGCUUAGGAAUUACAGCUAUAGAGUUGGCUAAAGGAGAUCCGCCUUAUGCAGAUAUGCAUCCAAUGCGAGUACUUUUUCUUAUUCCUAAAAAUGACCCGCCUACAUUGGAGGGAAAUUUUUCAAAAGCAUUCAAAGAGUUUGUAGCUUUGUGUCUUCAAAAAGAUGCCGAAAAGCGACCUACUGCUAAAGAACUAUUAAAGCAUCGUUUCAUCAAAACACCAAGAAAAACAUCGUUUCUAACCGAGCUCAUUGAUCGUCAUCAAAGAUGGCAAGCUGAAAAAAUGGCAAGUUUGCCUCUUCAGCCGACUCAAGAGCCAGGGUCAGAGUAA